AGUACACUUUAGCCGCGCCGUUCUGUGGCCGCGCGUCGCACGAGGCGCUGCGACGCUGCCUCCCUUUCGGCAGCCUAGGUGGGCGUACGAAGUCAAAGUCGGCAGAGCAAAAUUGGAUGUGUUUUAUUGCAGGCAUAUUACAGGGUACAACUAGAGCGUGACACGGUGACGCUCAGUGCAGCUGUUGUAAGUGCAGUGAAUAUUUGUGCGUCUGUGAAUGGAGUCAUGUCGCACAUACCUUGAUCCAGCACGGGGCUCCCAUCGCGACUGCUUUUGGACGAACCGAUACAAUUGCUGUCACGUGCUAUGACCGACGCCCACACAGUCCGGCAGUCCGGUGCCUUAUCGUGAGAAAUAAAUGACCUGUCAGGUGCAGCAAUGGGAAGUGCGGUUGCGCCGGCGAGGCACCUCCUGUGCGCCUUGCACGUGAGCAAACUACUUCGCAGUGGUGAGACGCAGGUAUGGCAGCACUGGACCAAAGCAUGACUGCUUCGCGGGCUCGCAGAGCUCACCACGUUCGUUCGCGAUCGGACCUUGUCGGCCUGGUGCCACCUGCCGCACAGAUGCGCACCUCCACCUCCUACCCGGCACAGCUGAUGACGACCGGACGCAGGAGCUUUCUGGACGAAGGCCGACGUCUGGUGCCUGCUACCGAGUGCUUCUUCCCCACACCACGCAGAGGCCAGAGCCUGACCAGCUUUCUCUCAUCGGCUGACUUUGGCACUUGCGGAGAACUGGACAGGGAGAAUGCACACAUAUAUGUGUCGGAGGCCCUGAUUGCUGCAUUUGAGCAGAUGCGAUGCAGUCGAGCAGUGAGGGUGGCCGAGGACGACGACCAGGAUGGCAGCGAUGAGGAGAUUGCUUGCUUGCGGCAGCGGAUACGAAUUCGCCGGAAAGAGCGCCUCCGUGAGAAGGCCCUCAUUGAACGGCGGCUGAGCGAGGAUGGCAAGCACAACCCCGGGUGGUGCUGCGUGGACAUCGCAGUGAACACAGUAGCCACCACGAACACAUCGCCCCUGAGCUCAGCCUACUCAUCGACCUGCUUCCAAGCGGACCUCAGUGACAACGAUGGCGAUGUUGAUGAGUACGAGUUGUCAGCAGACGACCUUGAGUCCAGCCUGUCCGGAGUGCGUGAAUGUGGCCUGUCCCUCUCCCUGGCCUCGCUAUAUUCGGAUGCAGAUUUGCAGAAAACAUCCUCGGUGUGUUGGCCUCAGGAGGACACCACUCAAAUGUGCUCCUCAGCUGAAGCAGUGGCCCUGAACCUGCUCAAACGCUUCUCAGAAAAGCAGCUGCCCAAGGCCUCAGACCUGCAGUGGCUGGUGUCAGAGCAAGAUGCGGCCCAGUCGUUGCUGCCCCUGCCUGAUGCCUGGCCUGUUUCCCCAGAUGAAGUGGAGGAGGAGUACUACAGUACGCACAAGAUGCGUCUCCGAGGGAACUCCGAGUGGGCACCACCAAGGGCGCAAAUCAUCUUCAACAUGCAACCAGAACUGAACCACUUUGUGCAGGCGCAAGGAUCAACUCGCCAAGCAGAACUACCGCUGUGCUGGCUGUGGGCUGCGGCUCAGCUGGGUCGCCUGCGCUACUGUGAAUACCUGGGCAAGCUGUUCUGCCAUUGUUGCCAUAGAAACAGCCGGGCAGUGAUCCCAGGGCGCGUGCUGCAGCGCUGGGACUUCUCACCUCACCCGGUGUCCAACUUUGCUCGCGACUUGCUUGACCGCAUGGCUGCCGACCCUCUUUUCAAUGUGCGCGACCUGAACCCAAGCCUCUUCCGGAGGGUGAAGGCGCUGGACCGGAUACGGCAGUGUCGCAUUGCACUACACUAUCUGCAGCAAUACAUCCACUGCUGCCGGCAUGCCACACGGCUACAGGACUCCCUGGGGGCGCUGCGGCCACAUCUUCUAGCCGCUGAGCCACACCUGUACUCCCUGGAGGAGCUGGAGCAGGCACGCCAGGGCACCCUGCUGGCCCAACUGCGAGGCCUGCAGGAAGACUGUGAGCGACACUGCCUUAGCUGCCCCAUCUGCACGGGCCGCGGUUUCAUCUGCGAGAUCUGCAACAAUGCAGACCAGCUUGUUUUCCCUUUCCAGCUGACCUUGGCUGCACAAUGCACAGGCUGCAAGGCAUCCUUCCACAGGACCUGUUUUGUACCUGGCGCUUGUCCUAAGUGCAGACGUCUGGAAACCAGGAGGCAAAGCAUGUUGGAAGCAGAUGCAGCAUUGGCGUGAAGCUCACCUGGUCCAUGCUCCAUGUCUUUUUUAGCAGCAGCCUUAUUAUUCAUGUUUUUAAGCAAAGUUUUAUUUACUUAGACAAUGUGACUGUCAGUUUCUAUGACUGUGCCCAUCUGUUAAUGGCAGUGAUGGCUAUCAGUGAAUUACAUCAGUUGUUCUGAAUUCUUGAGUGAGAUCACAUUCAGAUUUCACAAAGUCAACUCUGUCACAAGUGUGCUUUCCGGUCGAUCAGGAAAGCCUGAACUCGAUUUUUGGUGGCCUUUCAAGUUGAGCCUUGAUGUGCACCACAAGCACCAAGAUUAGGUUGCAGGCAGAGUAGAACUCUCAUCUAGUUUGCCACAUGUUCCUUACUUUGCUUUUCUGUUAAUUGUUACUGCUAAUGGUCUCUUAUGUUGGUGCGCUCUGUUCCACUUUGGCAUAUUGCACAAGUUGUGGAAAUGCACAAGGACACUUAUCUCCCCAGAAAUUUGUUUUGUUUGAUACGGUGAGUGAUAAGCAUUGCAGCGGCUCAAAGAAAGUGACAAUUUUUGCACAGCCACAUGAAUCUUUUAAAUGUGGGUGACAUGGUUUAUUUUAAAGCCGUGCUGAAGCAAUGCCAAAGAUUUCUUGAAUUUACUUCAUGAUAGCACACUUCGAUAGGGCUAAAGCUUGAUUACUUAUGAGAAGAGGCUGCAGAUUUUUUAUUGCAUUUCUUCGUGCUAUGGGUGGGAUAACAUAUAUUAAAGUGUAUCAAGCUUUGUGAAGCCUGUGCUACCAUGCACAAACUAUUUAGAAAUGGCAGCUUGGCCUAACAGUGUGAUAUGGGGACAGCAAGUGUAAUAUAUAAGAGCCAUAUUUUUUCAUGUUGCAUAAUUGAACAUUCAGAAGAGCAAUAAAAGGCCAUGUAUCUGCAUGCA